GUCGGCUCUAGAGUCCCUGGUCUCUGGCUGCAUUUUUAGCCUUGUUGUUGUCUUCGUUUCGCACGAUUCUGGCACCUUCUUCACGGUGGAUCGACCCAAAAUUCCGUUUUCAUCAGCUGCGGAAGUGCAGUGGGCAUGAAGGUGAUCAGCCCAGGCUGCUCCCUGGGGUGAGAUAUUGUUUCCAAUCCAGACCUAAAAAUCCCAAACUGCUGGAGGAGAAAAAGGCAAAAGAAGAACUGGAGACAAGAAAACAUGGAUGUGGCGAAAAAUUGUUAUCUGGAAUGUAAUACAAUAUAGAAUCAUAUUUGCUGUAAUUUCUUCACUUUUAGCAUUUAAACACUAAUUUUAUGGUCUGGAGACCUUCAACAUCUCUCAGAAAUCACACUGAGAAGAGACUACAAAACUGGCUGAGUAUCUGUUUUACCUUUCUUUUGGACUUUUUACAGAAGUCUAAAUGGGAAACAAUUUUUUUCUGUGAGACCUGCCCAUUUUCAAGAUCUACUGUGCCGUUGGAGUUAAAUUUACUAAUACUGCUUCAUUCUCUAUCACUGCAUCUCACCAGGAACCUUUACCUGGCUGGGAGUGGUUGGUGGGUGGACCAAAUUUUACUUGGUGAAAGGUAGGCUCGUGGGGGGAUUGUGCUAUGAUCAGCUGCUCCUUUCCGUGCUGCUCAUACUUGACUUCUGAGGGACUCUCCGUUCGACCCCAGGACAAGGGAUAGUAAGCAGGUAGAGGGUAAAAAGGAGGAGGAGGCGGCGCUACGGCGCAGGCCAGGUUUUUCCUUGGCUAACAGUUCCCAAUUUUUGUGUGUGCGGCCCUUGCAGUUAGGCCUCAAGGCCGCUGCACUCAACCAGGCUACAGCCAUGGUGAAACUGGCAAACCCAGUGUACACCCAGUGGAUCCUAGAGGCCAUCAAGAAAGUAAAGAAGCAAAAGCAGCGACCAUCAGAGGAACGCAUUUGCAAUGCAGUGUCCAUGUCCCACGGUCUGGACCGUAAGACGGUUCUGGAGCAGUUGGAGCUUAGUGUGAAGGAUGGUACCAUACUUAAGGUCACCAACAAGGGUCUCAAUUCCUACAAAGACCCAGACAACCCUGGGCGCUUGGCUCUGCCAAAGCCCAAAAGUGGCAGCAGCUCUGGAGGAGGAAGUUCAGCAACAGCAGGAAGCGGAGGAGGAGGUAGUACCGGAGGAGGUAGCAGUGGAGGUGGUGGAAGUGGAGGUGCAAGUGGCGGCGGUGGCUGCGGCAGCAGUGGUACAUCUCACUCCCAUUCAGGGAAGAAGCCAGGACUCGACUGGAACAAACUGAUCAAGCGGGCACUGGAAGGUCUCCAUGAACCUGAUGGUUCCAGCUUAAAGAACAUUGAGCGCUUCCUAAAGUGUCAGGCUGAUGUGGCGGCCUACCUGUCAGGCAGUGGGUCUAUGGGGCCCGGCAUCUUCCACCAGCAGCUAAGGGUCGCCCUGAAGAGGGCUGUGGCUCACGGACGCGUGGCCAAGCAGGGUCCACUGUUCCAACUAAUCAGCCGUAGCAGCUCCCAGGAUGAUGGGACUGGAACAGUGUCUCUGGAAUCGCUACCACCUGUUCGACUGCUGCCACACGAGAAAGACAAGCCGGUGGCCGAGCCCAUCCCCAUCUGCAGCUUCUGUUUGGGGACCAAAGAGCAGAAUCGCGACAAGAAGCCGGAGGAGCUCAUCUCUUGCGCCGACUGUGGAAACAGCGGCCACCCGUCCUGUCUCAAAUUCUCCCCAGAGCUCACGGCACGAGUCAAGGCUUUGUGGUGGCAGUGCAUCGAAUGCAAGACUUGCAGCAGCUGUCAGGAUCAAGGAAAAAAUGCGGAUAACAUGUUGUUCUGUGACUCAUGUGACCGGGGCUUCCACAUGGAGUGCUGUGAUCCUCCCCUCACGCGGAUGCCAAAGGGCAUGUGGAUUUGUCAAAUCUGUCAGCCCAGGAAAAAGGGAAAGAUGUUUUUACACGAAAAGGCAGAACAAAUCAAACGGCGCUACAACGCACCGCUGGGGCGGUCCAAGAACAGGCCGGGGCGGCCCUUCAAGAAACUGGGUGGUCGAGGCCGACGGCGGCGCUCCACAUCAGCUAACUCCUCCUCCAGCUCCUCCUGCGAGGGUUACCCUGGCGACGACCGGCUGCUAUUUUCCAUGCGCGGGGAUGACGAGCAGUCGCACAGCAGCGUGCGCUUCAACAGCAAGACCAAGGGCCUCAUCGACGCUCUCACAAAGUUCUUCACACCGUCGCCAGAGGGCCGUAAAGCACGGCAGGAAGUGGUGGACUACUCACAGCAGUGCCGCAUUCGAAAGAAAACCAGUCGCAAAGAUGGAGAUGACAGAGGAGAAAAUCAAGAUGGCAGCGACUGGCGUGAAGACGAUGACAAACUGCCCGGCCACGAGAACCUGACAGAAAAGGACAUUGAACUCUUCAGACACAUUCAGGAGCUGGCACUUCAGAAAGUCGGCGUGACUGGUCCACCAGACCCUCAGAUGCGCUGUCCAUCAGUCAUUGAAUUUGGCAAGUUUGAAAUCCAGACAUGGUAUUCGUCUCCCUACCCACAGGAGUACAGCAGACUUCCCAAGCUCUACUUAUGUGAGUUCUGCCUACGCUACAUGAAGAGUCGCAGCAUCCUCUACCAGCACAUGAAGAAGUGCAACUGGUUCCACCCUCCUGCCAACGAGAUCUACAGGAAGGACGAAGUUUCUGUGUUUGAGGUGGAUGGAAACGUGAGCACGAUCUACUGUCAGAACCUGUGCCUGUUGGCAAAGCUGUUCCUGGACCACAAGACCCUCUACUAUGAUGUGGAGCCAUUCCUUUUCUACGUCCUGACCCAGAAUGACAGCAAAGGUUGCCACCUUGUUGGCUACUUUUCCAAGGAGAAGCACUGCCAACAGAAGUACAAUGUGUCUUGCAUCAUGAUUCUUCCACAGUACCAGCGCAAAGGCUACGGACGCUUUCUCAUCGACUUCAGCUACUUGCUGUCAAAGCGAGAGGGACAACCUGGAUCUCCAGAGAAGCCUCUGUCAGACUUGGGUCGGCUGUCCUACAUGGCCUACUGGCGCAGCGUGGUGCUGGAGUGUCUCCAUGAGGUCCGGGACCGACAGAUCACUAUACGACAGCUGAGUAAACUGACAGGAAUCUGCCCGCAGGAUAUCACUGCUACCCUGCACAGCCUCAACAUGCUGGAGCAGCGAGGAGAAAGACUUGUGUUGGUGCGAAGGGAGAAGAUUGUUUCCAGCCACAUGGCCCGUCUGAAGGCCCGGCCACGGCAGCUGGAGGUCGACCCCGAGUGUCUGCGCUGGACUCCGGUCAUUGUAACAAACACUGUGGUCUCUGACGAAGAAGGACAUGAUGAUGAUGACGAUGAUGGACCAGAGGGAGACAAUCGCAAAGAGGUCAAACCGAGUCACAAGGCCCCAGCUGUGCCCUGGCAAAUGCGACAAGGAGAGACGAGGGAUGAAGAAGAAGAGGAAGAUGAGGAAGAUGAACAAAAAGGCUUUCUGGGGUUUCCUAUAAGCCAAAGCUCUCCAACUUGCCCUCCCGUCCGCUGUCCACCACCUGUUCCAGAGCAACAACGAACCGCUCUACCAACAAAUGGAGAGCGAAGACCACGAGGGCGCCCACCCAAAAACUGGCCUUGGAGCAAAGCAAAGAACAGCGCACGGGUCGGACGGCCUCCCAAGAUCCGCUCAGUGGAAGACGAGGACGAUGAAGAUGAGGAGAGUGCAGUUGGAGGAAAAACAGCAGCGUCUUCCAGCAGCCCACCAUCCCUUUUCACCUUGAACAGACAAGCUGACUCUGCAGCCUUUCACACACUGGACAUGGCCAGGCAGUCCUCCAUACCCCCCACACGGAGAGGCCGGCCCCCGAGGAAAAAGAGAGGCCCUAAGCCGAGGCUUGCUGAAGGGCUCGGAGAGGGCCUGACACAGCUUCCUGUGAUGUCCAGGCUAAGUGAGGCUCCACCUGUCAGGAAGAGCUGCUUCAGUGAAAGCAGUGAAGAGGAGGAGGAGGAGGACGAUGAUGAUGAUGAAGAUGAUGAUGAUGAAGAGAGUAGGCCAUCUUCCCCUCCCAUUCUCCCCAAGGUGCCGAAAAGCAAGAAGCCACUGAAGAGGUCUCGCUUUCGGCGAAUUCACCAUCAAAGCAGCGUUGUGACAGAGACCAUUUCUGAAACCACCGAGGUGUUGGACGAGUCCUUUGUAGACUCAGACUCUGAGAGGCCUAUGCCCAGGCUGGAGGAGGAGACAUCCCUGGGACACCCACUGCGCCACUAUCCCUCAGCAAGACCUGCCCUCAGACUGUCGGACCCAUCGCCCAAAAGGGUGCGCCACUCCAACCUCACGGAUUCAGAGGAAGACGAGCUAACGCCUGUGCUGAAGCCUGUAGCCGCUCUGUCAGCAAAUUCAUCAGAGAUGCCAGUGGUCAACCCGGAGGCCCCAGUCAAAAAGAAAAAAGGCUGGCCGAAGGGAAAGAGUCGCAAGCCACUGCACUGGAAAAAACGAGGACCUGGAAAAUCACCAAGCAGUGGGCCUAACCAGCAAGGAGCCACAGACAGCCAAGUCCAAAGUGGGGAUCCUCAACCCGCCAAAAUCAAGAUGAAGCCUGGCCGCAAGCCGCGGAGCUGGUACCUGCAACGGGCCCAGGAGGAGGCAGAAUGGCAGGAGAAAGAAAGACCAAGUCUGUUGGAGCAGAAGCUGGACAAAGAGCCAAAGCUGCUCCAAACAGACGACCAUACCACCAAGAGAGGCUGCAGAGACAACAAACACAAAGACUCGGAUGAAGAAGAUGACUAUUUCUCCAAACCUGCUGAACAGAAGGUCCCCAAAAGGCGGGGGAGGCCGCCAAAGAACCGCUCCCUUCACCAGCUGCCACAGCCUGCCCCUAAACCACUUCCCACUUCUGAGCUAGAUGACGAGGAAGAAGAUGAUGAGGAAGAGGACACUGAAAGAGCCUGGGAAGAAGAUAAACCCAGCCGCCCGCCAUCCCGUCCCUUGUUGUCCCCAUCCUCUUUGAUCUCAGGGCCUCGGGCUCCACAGUCUCGGCCUCGGGAGGUAGACAUAGGUGACAGAGAGGAUGAUGAUGACGAUGAGGAAAGGGACGAAGAAGAAUCUGGCAGUAUGCGUGGCGGUAUCAUCAGCAGGCGAGCAGCAGUCACACCAGGUUCAGGAAGCAGACGGAGCGAAGACCACGAUGCCGACGACGAAGGCGACGGACACCUGGAAGACAAAAGCAACGGCAGCAAGAAGAGAAAAAGUCAAGACUCAGAUGAGGAAGAUGACGAUGAAGACGAAGAGGAGGAGCCUGCCUUGCAAGCAAACUCUCCUCCUGUUAAAGAAGAACCUCAAGGUGGAGAGGCUUUUUUAGACAUGGAGAACAGCGUGGCACGGGACUAUGUUAGCAAGCAGGAGGAGGAAGAAGAGGAGGAGGAGGCUGAGGAGGAGAUGCAGGAGGCAAAGUGUCAGCCCUCUUCAGCAGACCCUCAGCAGGAGGAGAGGCGGCGCAGGGAGCAGGAGGAGUCUGCUGCAGCUGCUGCAGCCGUGGAAACGGUCACAGCCAUGUCUGUCUCUUCUGAACCCAUGCAGCUCCAGUCUCUGCACCAAGAUGACAAAGACGUCACGCUGUUGAUAGAACCCCAACACACACAUCCGCACUCCCACCCUCACCAACACUCUGAUUUCAAAGAGGAGCUGGGCCACCAUCACACACACCACUCCCAUCACCACUCCAACGAGCUGGACCUGGAGACUAUGCAGGCCGUCCAGUCUCUGACGCAGGGGGAAGCCCAGGAUGAAGAGGCUGAACCGCAGCCUCAUCACGGGGCUUACCAAGACUGCGAGGAGACUCUCGCUGCCUGCCGCACCCUGCAGAGUUACAGCCACACAGGAGAAGCCGAGGAGGAGGCGUUGGCUUUAGUGGAGGAAUGCGGUGCCUCUCAACACAGCAGCCCCCUCCCUAAUCCCCCAGUGCCACCUCUGCCCAACCAGUCUGUGCGGUCAGUGAACAGUCCAGGGUUGCCCUCUGGCAUUGUGGAUUCGACACAAGCUGGGCAGAGAGGAGGAACGCCCGGUCCCACUGGAUCCGGGGGUGGCGGUAGCGGUCCAGGCAGUGGCUACACCCAGAUCACACCAGAGCAUCCCAGUUCUCUCUCUGCCCCCUCCCAGCAGAACAUGGAGACAUCCCCGAUGAUGGAUGUGCCAUCUGUGUCGGACCACUCGCAGCAGGUUGUGGACAGUGGCUUCAGUGAUCUGGGCAGCAUCGAGAGCACUACAGAGAAUUAUGACAACCCCAGCAGCUAUGACUCCACUAUGGGGGGAGGGGGCAAUGGGACAGGGAAUGGGGGUAAUGGAGGAGGGAUGUCUGCUCCUGUGGUUGCAGGAGCGCCUACAGCUUCGUCAUCAUCGUCGUCAGCCUCUUCAUCCACCUCAGCUACCCCGUCCACCUCCUCUCAGUCCAACAGCUGCUCCUACGUCCAGGCUCCCAGCCUCAACUCGUCCACAGGAACAGGAGGAUCCCAGCUAGGGAUGGGCAGCUGCAGUCUCAUCCAGCAAGCGGGACCGGGACCCAACAAUGGACCAGGUGCCAGUAAUGUAGGUGGUGCCGUACCCCAGCCCCCACCACCCCCACCACCCUCCAACACACCCAGCUGUGGCAUUAAGUCCCCUCAGAGCUGCGGUGUGAUUGAGCGCCCCCCCAGUACCAACCAGCAGCAACAGCAGCCACAAACUCAAAAAAAGGUCCCUCAGCAACCUCCCCAGCAGCAGCAAGCUCCCAACCCUCAGCCCCCGCCCUCAGCCCCGCCCCCACCGCAGCAGCAGGCCCUGUCUCAGUGCAGCAUGGGUAAUGGCUUUGCCUCCACGCCCAUGAUCAUGGAGAUUCCAGAAAGCGGAGGCGGAGGAGGGGGCCGCACCCUCUAUGAGCGUAUGGGUCAGGACUUUGGUACAGGGGGCUACCCUCAGCCCUCCGCCACAUUUAGCUUGGCUAAACUCCAGCAGCUUACAAACACUAUCAUGGACCCCCAUGCCAUGCCCUACUCCCACUCUGCCUCCGUUACCUCCUACGCCACCAGUGUUUCUCUGUCCAACCCCGGGCUGGCUCCUUCCCCCCACACUCCUCUUCCUCAGGGCCAGCCCUCAAUGACCUCACCUCCCAACCUCAGCUCUGGCUCCAUGAACCUGGGCUCACUGCAGCUGCAAUGCAACAUGCCCACCACCAACAUCAGCCUGGGACCGCCACACACACAGCGGCUGCAGGGCCAAAUGACGACCGUCAAAGGCCACAUCUCCAUCCGCUCUAAAGCCACUCAGCAGCUGGCCCCGGCCCCGCACCAGCAGCAGCUCUAUGGUCGCAGCUCGGGGGCUGUGACCAUGCAGGGCACCCCGCGCACCUUAGCUGUUCAGCGCGGUAUGAUGCCAAACCUCAUGCCUACGCCGGCACCGUACAACUCCAUGAACAUGACGCCGCUGAAUGCCAUGUCAGCCGGCUACAGAAUGCCCCAACCCAUGAUGAACAGCGGUUACCAUAGCAACCCUGCUUACAUGAAUCAGCCAGCUCAGUACCCCAUGCAGAUGCAGAUGGGCAUGAUGGGAGGGCAGGGUUACCCCCAGCAGCCUAUGCAGCCCAAUCACCACGGCAACAUGAUGUACACUGGCCCCUCCCAUCACAGCUAUGCUGGAGUCCCAAAACAAUCACCUUACAUGAGUAGAUGAACAGCCAAGAACUAGAAAAGGAGACACGGGGCCAGAGCUAACGCUCGCUGAACUCUAAAUGUCAAUUAGUCCUGUUACCUUAACCGGCGCUACUGCGAGCACCAGGACGCCGAGGUGAUUGGAGACGGAGAGCACGUCUGGGUUUCCUGUUUUUCUGUGUUGUCAUUUUGUCCCUUUUUAUUUGGGAUUGUUCCCUUCUCCUCCUCCAGCUGGAUUUGAGGCUGGGCGUGUACAGGGACCUCAUCAGGCCUGGUCCACACGUUCCUCCGAGGCACAGGAGGAGAAAAGAGAGGGUACAAGAAUGACAAGGAAAUGACACGGAAAGACAAUACAGGAGUACUUGACUCUCUCAGACUGCAAACAGAACAACAAUGGUUAACUGAAUAUAUUCAACCAUGCACACAAUCUUUUUAUUGAUAUAGGAAGCCUUACCUUGAAAAAAAGAGACAAUUAAAUAUUGUAGGCAAGCUGUCAUUUUGUUUUGUUAUAAACAUAAUGUCAAAUAUUAUUUUUGUUAUCGUUUUUGUUGUUUGUUUUUUGGAAUACGUGUGUGCAGUCUGACCUCUUAUAUGCUUUGGUCUUUAUAUGUGUGGCAUUUUCGCAAAUGGUGAUACAGUCUUGCACUCUCAGAAAAAAACCCAAACAUCUCUGAGGCUGCUUUUUCGGUGAGCUUUUUCACACGGUUUGGGAAAAGUCCCAGAGCAGGUCCCGGUGGAGGUUGUUGAGUGGUUUCCGGAGUCUCUGUCUUCCCCAGAUGGACAGUGUUGUACCAAAAACACAGCAAAGACACAGAAGAGACGAGCGUGUUACUCUUACAUCCAUAAAUGAAGCAAGUAGCAUUAUUUUCCAGUUUUCUGCCACUCUGAAAUGUUUAGAUGUAAAUAUUCUGGUACUUCCUGAUAUUCAGCACACACAUACUUAAACACACACUGACUAGCUGUUGCCAAUCAGUGGCUAGCUCAGGAAAGUACAACAUUUAGCUCUUUAUGUCCACACUCCACUGACAAACGGUGUACUAACGGUGUCAGCCUUUUUAUUUUUAUUUUAGCAGUGUAGGGAAUGCAGAGCUAACGGUGGGAUUUCCAUUUAACUGCUCAGAGAGAAGUUGGUUUAUUAAAGCUGGCCUGUUGGCGACUGAAAGAGGUUGGGGAGUCUCCCUUUGAAUGGUGUAUUUUGUUAAAACUGUAAUCCUUCUUUUUCUUUCUGCAAAAUUCUGCACUCCCAUUGACUAGACACACGGCAGCAGGCAGUUGGCCUUUAUGAAAGGUGUGCCUAAAUGCCUGAUCUAGUGCGUGGUUCGGCCCCUCGGAUGGAGGCUACUUAGAAAAGCAGGGUCUGAAGCGAGUAAGUGUUCAUGGUCCCGUUGGUGACGAUGCAAAACCAGUUGAUGUUUUUGCUCCACGUACCAGUAUUCAAAGUCAAAAGAGGAGUUUUGCUUUUCUUACAGACUCGACAUGCAUUCUUUCUUUGUGUGUUCUGUUCUUUUCUCCUUUUUGUUCCUUUUCUGAAUUUUAUCAGACUGGGCAGCUUUCUUUUAUGACACAAGCUGACUCUUUUCGACUUUAGAAACUUAUUGUAGAGAAAAUGUUUUUCUAUAAUAUAAAAGGAAAUUCUGACAUUGAUAUUGGUACUGUCAUUUUUUUCACUUCUGUUUCUGGAAACAAAAAAAAGAAGAAAAAAAACAACAUAUUUUUUAGCUCGCCUCUUGGGUAAUAAUUACUAUGAAAUUCAAAAUGUACAAAAAUUACCACUCACUUUUAGUGACUUUAAGAUGCCUUUAACCUCUCCAUUCCAUCUCAUCUCUAGAGUUUUUCUAUCUUUGUGUAGUAUAUUAAUGCUAUUUUAAACAAAAAGGACUACAGAUAUCUAAAGGUCACUUGGCAUUCUCUUUUUGUUCUUUUUUUUUACUUGUGUGUGUAUAGGAUGAUUUCCUUACAUUUAAGAGGCAUGUAUAAAUGAGCUCAGUAUAUUUGUCUGUUUAUAUUGCUUCCCUUUUUGUAUCCUUUGUAAUUGUACAUGUUGCGUUGUAUGCUAAGAGAGAGCGCAAAAUAAAGAGAGGGGGCGACAGCUGAGUGCGCAGUGAAGGUGGAUUAGCGCUCGGUCACCUCAGCUCUCUACUCUGUCCCUGUAUGUACUUCCAUUUAUUCUUUUUUUUUUUUUUUUUUUUUUUUUUUUCUUAGCAAGUACUUUCAAAGAACUCUGUACAUUUUAACAUAAAAUGAAAAAUAAAUUAUGUUGAGCCACA